GUAAUAGUAUAGAAAUAAUAGUUGCAGCAGUAAACGAUAUAAUAAUUGGAAAAAAAAUAUGUAAAUAAUAUCAAAACAAAAAAUACGAACAUUUCAAAUAAUCAUUACAAUAAUUAUAUUAAAAUAUAUAUAUAAUUAUCAUAAUAAAUGUACCGAAAUGUUUCUCAUUUACUUCAAUGAUGGAGGCCGAAACCAACAGAAACAACAACAGCAAUAUAUCUGAUCAAAGCUUUGAGAACCUGUCUGCUAAGCGUAAAGAUGUUGCAGGGUCAUCUCAGGAUGUGUCAGAGUCCAAGAAAAGUAAAAUAUCUAUAGACAUCCCAGAUGAUAUUACCACAGCUGGUGAAAAGGUUAAACGAGCCUUAUUGCCAUUUUGUGAUGUACCAUAUGAAGAUCAGCUCAGGCGUAAAGCUUCUGAUGUCAGAGAUGCCAUGGUGAAAUUUAGUUGGGAAGUUCACCGCACAUGUCCAAAAUGGAGAAAUUGGCUCAAGGAACAGAUGAAGAAUCAUUCUGGAGUUCUUUGUGAAAUCGAAAAGAUAAGGCCUUCACCUGUUUUGAAUGCUUAUCGCAAUAAAUCUGAAUUCACCAUUGCUAGCAGCUCAAAUGGCACUAAUGAAAGAAUAGUUGGCUUUCGGGUCGGCAGUUACCGUGAUGGUUCUAGUGUUGUUGGCGAACCGUACGCCUGUGACAAUCUCCCAGAUUCCAUGAAACUCAUCGCCAAAGUGUUCCAACAGUAUGUCCGUCAGAGCCAGUACGAUGUUUACAAUGACCAGACACAUGAUGGUCACUGGAGGCAGCUGAUUGUUCGCACAUCCAGCCAAAACGAUAUCAUGAUCAUUCCUGUUUUUUAUGCUCAGUUUCUCUCAGAUGAUGAAGUGGAUGCUGAGAAAGCUGCAAUGACGGAGUAUUUCUCUGAUGGUGAUGGAGUCCAGUGUGGCGUGACAUCCCUCUACUUCAGAUGCUUGAGUAACAGACUUGGCAGCUGUAGACAACAUGCUGUCAACGAACAUUUAUGGGGCAAGAAGUGUAUCACAGAAGUGUUACUAGAACUUAGCUUCCACAUUUAUCCUGACACUUUCUUCUCAUUCAACAACCCUGCUGCAGCCCUCCUCUACACGAUGGUUGGUGAUCUUUGCUUGGAAGAACCAAAUAACAUUGUCUUUAAUAUCUGCUGCAGCACUGGCACUGUGGCACUGAGUCUUGCCAAGAGGGUAAAAAGUGUUGUCGCUGUUGAUAUGUGGGCUGCCAACAUCGAGGAAGCAAAGAAGAAUGCGGAAUUAAACAAUGUGACUAAUGUUAUCUUCCACCAUGCAAAGGCUGAGGAAGUGACCAACCAGUUAGACCGAUGGCUGAAAGGUCAAAGUGCAGUAGCUGUACUCGACUCGCCUUGUGCUGAAAUGCAAAGCAAAGUGAUAUACGCCCUUCGCCGCUGUCAUUUCAUCCAUCGAGUGAUCUACAUCUCGUGUAACCCUGUGGCUGCCAUUCAGAAUUUCACUGAUUUGAUGAGACCGAAAUCACAGACGAUGAAAGGUAAAGCUUUCUACCCUGUGAAAGCUAUUCCUGUUGAUUUGUCACCCCAUACGAAACUCUGUGUAAUGGUUGUCAUGUUUAAGAGAAGACGUUUCCAUACGGACAUGAUGUGUUAAAACAGUGGA